AAACUCCACGAAGAAGAUGAAAAUCUUGUGGGAUCGCGACGGGGUUGCCGGCGGGCCCAGCUCAAUAAAGGUCCUACUGGACUGGCUGACAAGUGAACGCAACUAUGCUAAGUGGAAGGGAGAGGAUGGUUCGUACGGCUCGACAAAGGAAGCACUUUGUGAAGUAAUUAUCGACAAGUUGAAAGAAGUUGGCAUCACGCACAGGAAACCCGCAGACGUGCGCGACAAGAUUCGGUAUCUUGAAAAACAAUUCCGCAGAGCUGUGGAGUGGACAACUAACGCAGGACAAGGAGUUAGUGAUGAUACUACGAUUCGGCCCGCCAUUCUUCAGCUGUGCCCCUGUUACUACCAACUCGCCCGAGUGAUGGGCGACAACCCUCCUUCGGAACCCUGUCAAACAACAGGCAACUCGAAUGACGAUGGUGAUAAUCGAAAUCGAAAACGACCAUUAAGUGUUGCUGAGAUCACUGGCAACAAGAAACAGCACGGGUCCAUGUUGCGAAUUCUUCCAAAACCCCAUGAAAUCGGUCAAAAAACAUGUGACAAAGGAAACAGAACGCUGCUAGAACUCCACGGGCCUAGCCAGCAACCACGUGAGAACGGGAACUCAACGUGCCUAGAACGCCGCGAACCCAGCCGACACGCACGUGGGAGCAGUAAUACAACGCUGGCAGAAGUCUGCGAACCUAGUCAACAAGCGCUUGCCGGUGGUAAGACAACCCUACUAGAACUUGAAGAGAAGAGGCUCGAGCUCGAGUUGAGACGAGAGGCUCGUGAGGAAGCUCAAGCUAAGGCAGAGGUGGAACUUAUCCACGCUAAACGACGAUCCGUGGAAAUCGACAACACAACGCGACUGCUGUUAGCAAGAAAGCAACUCAAAGACGCCGGUUACACUGACCAAGAGAUCGAUGCGCAUUUACCACUUAACAACUCAAGAAAAUAG